GGUUCGAAAUGAUUUUUUGUCAAACGAAGGUCGGCGCAGGAACGAGAAAGAGGAGAGCACGCCCGAGCACUGGCCGUGCCACGUGCGCAUGCCAAGGGCGAGAAGCGGAGCACGUUCCGAGGCGAACGGGUACCCGUGUCACCGACGUCCCGAGAAGCCGCCGCGCUGGAAAAGGCCAGCACAGUCUCCAGCUGGUCGGAAGGCCACGGUGCCAUGAUUCAAACGGCGCGGAAGAGAAUUGGGGGGACAAAUGCCGAAUUCGAACCAGGGACUUCAUCGUACGACGAAGACGAACAUCCCAAUCUGACCAGAGUCCAGCUGCGUUCCGCCAAACCGUUCAAGCAACAAGCCUUGAUGCCCAACACGAAUGGCUACCACGAUUGCGAGCUCUGGCUCUACAAGGACAAGCUGGGCACACAGCACGGACCCUUCUCCGGUGCCCUCAUGGCCUCCUGGUUCGCCUCCGGGUGCUUCCGCAUGUCGUUGCCUGUGAAACGCACUUGCGACCGAGAGUUCCAACUGCUUGGCCAGCUCAUCAAGACCUGGGGCCGGUUGCCGUUCCGCCAUCAGACCUCACCAGACCAACCAAACUGCAGCGCUGACGAACGACCGGUCACCGCAGGCGCGACGCCAGCCGCACUGCCAUCAGACUGCGGUCCUGCGAAGGAAAAGCCGCCCUUGGGCUGCGACGACAAGUUCCUCAAAGACAGCCAAAUUUCAUUCGUUGGCUUGCAGGAAAAAUCACGCGCAAUGAUAACGAUCAAGGCGCUGCCGAUGGCUGCAGCAAGUCACCCGGCGGGUCCUCCGGCUGCUUUGGUACGCAGUGCGGAACGCGUCAAAGUUCCGCUGGGAUUUUGCGACGCUGCAGAACUACCUGCUGAAGACAAGCGCACAAAAGGCGGCACUAAAAAAGUGGCGAACCAGCACGAAGGUGCCUGGGGCGGCUACAAGAAGUGCCAGUCAGCAGCCCGAAGCUUCGUGCCGCCAGCAGUGACGCAGCCAGCCGAAACAAAGACUGCUGCCAACCGCCGUUCGACUGCCGCCACCGCCGCUACCACUGCUGCUCCGAUGACCUGGGCCAAAGUGUGCCUGAAAGUGCCGACGAAGCCACGGUGGGGGGAGCCUGCAAAGCAGGAGCCCGUCGCCAUCGAGAACAUGGCGCGGUUCCCGUCGCUUGGUGGCAAGGCUUUCACGGAGGCCGUGCAGAACAAAAUGAAAAACCAGCGACAAAACCAGCAGCAAAUCCAGCAGUACGAAUGGGCACGACGCAUGGCCGCCGACCAGGAUUUCACGCGCUGGAGCUACGACAGGCUGAGGAACCUGCCGUCGUACGUCCACGUGCCGACUUUCUUCGAGCUGCUGAGAGACGUCGACUCGAGCGCUGAAAUCGAAGAGUAUGUCCGCAUGCACCUUGGCAACGGAGAAGAGGUGUCGCGCUUCGCACAAGAGUUCGUGCAGCGACGGUCUGAGUGGAAGCAGCUGACGGGCUGGAAAAGUCCGGCUGAGCUUCGUGCGGCGACCGGCGGCGUCGACAUGGUGUCGAAAGGCCGAAAGAAAAUGCAGAAGCUGAACGGCACGGCCCUGGGCUUCGUGAUGGCAGGAGAAGCUUUCAAGAAAGUGUGAAUGCCGUCGGUCUGAGCUUUCGUGACCUCAGGGUUGCACAAACACUUUUUUUUUUUUUUUUUUAGACACCUGUCAAGGCAGCCCAUUGCAAAAUAAAGUGUUUUU